AUGGAGUCAAACGAAGAAAUUUCGGUUUGGGCCGAGUCUUUAAUAACGCCAAACAGUGACCAAAAUUCAAAAGUCGAAGGUGUACGAAUUCUCACUUUUAAUUUCUUUAUGCGACCUCCACUCAUUCGUAAUAAUGCAAGCGACUAUAAAGAAGCACGUCUCGAAUAUUUUAUACAAAACAUUUUGUCAAAUUAUGACAUUAUAUGUUUGCAAGAGAUGUUUCAGUUUGGAAGUAGUAGAAGAAAUAGAUUAUUAGAAGCUGCUUUUAAAAAAGGGUUCAAAUUUUCAUGGACCUCGCCCGCCAAAAGUAUCUUGAGUGGUAGUAUUGAUGGCGGCUUAGUACUUUUAAGUAAAUUUCCUUUACAUGAACGCGAAAUUACCGUGUAUCCGAUAGGUUGCUAUAGUGAUAGGUUUUCAGAUAAGGGUGCUCUCUACGCUAAAAUUGCCAUAACGAAUAAUGAUUGUAUCCAUCUGUUUACAACACACACCCAAGCAUCUUAUUCUUCUGCACCACCACCUAACGAGGAAUCCGUAAUAAUUCGACAUCAACAGCUUGCACUCCUCCGGAAAUUUAUUGAUAAAUGUCUUGAUGCCGCUGGUAGAAAACCCGAAGAGCUUGUUCUCUUGGUGGGAGAUUUAAAUGCGAAUGGGCGUCCACAAUUAGAUCCUCUGAAUCCAGCUAUCGUUCAAGAAGAUAGUGCAGAGUAUAAAUGUAUGACGCGAAUUCUGCGUGGUGAAGGAAUUGAAGCUAGUCUCGCAAAUCCAAAGCUUAUCGACUUGGAAGAAUUAUGCUAUGUCGCACCUACAGUGAUCAAUAUAAGAGAUAUUGCUCGAGAACGCUACGGGCAACAUCCGGUCACAUUCGGAGAUGUGUAUGUUGAUGAUAAAGGAUAUAUUCAUCCACGUGAAACAGUCUUGACUUCCACUAAAGAUUGGAAGACAACUGCUAGUCUAGAUUAUGUGUUAAUAAUCGACGAGAAGGAUGAUGAGCUAACAGUGUCUAAAAGAACUGUGGAAGUUGAUGUUCAGAAAACUAAAAUCGAAGAAUUUUUCAUUUCUACUGAAACAUCAAAUCAUCCAUUUACACAACUUUCAGAUCAUUAUGGCGUGAGCACUGUAUUAAAAGUAAAGGAUGGAAAAUUAACUCCUUACACGGUUUAA